AUGAGAAAAGCGUCAAAGAUUCUCACGUUUUCUGCAAUUUAUGUGGCUCAAUGUAAGGUUUUAAGUGUGGCAAAGCUAAUUGAGCAUCCUAAUCAAAUCCACAACAAGGAAAUCGAAAUAACAAACCAUGAGUUUUGUUCUAUUGAUAAGUUUUAUGAGUGGAAGAAAGGGGAAGAAAGUCAUUCAAAGUCUUGUGUCAAGAACAGUGCCAGUUGCAUGCUAGGUCUUAAUAGAAAAUCCUAUUAUUAUUGUAACAGGUCUGGUAUGGUGCGUCAGUCGAAAGGGAAACAUCAGAGAGCUCCCAAGGUUCAAGGUUCCUGUAAAACAAAUGAAUACUGUACUGCACACAUGACAGUGAUUGAGGAUGCUAUUACGAAGAAGGUUAAAGUCACUUAUUGCAGUCAUCAUGGUAAUCACAAACCAGAGAUAUGUCAUUUGAGAGUGCCUGAUGAAAUAAAGAAUGUUGUUGCAGCUAAGCUAGCUGAAGGAGUAACAAUUGAAAGAAUACUAGAUGAUGUUAGAGACAGUGUAACUGGUACUAUUGAAAGGUAG